AUGAAGAUCCUGCUAAUUAUAUUUGUCCCGAUCUUUUGGACUGAAACACUGACGUAUCAGAGCCCAGGGCCAGGCCCUGAGUAUGCCGACGUGGUGUUUCUGGUGGACAGCUCCGACCGCCUGGGAAUUAAGUCCUUCCCGCUGGUGAAGUCGUUCAUCAACAGGAUGAUCAGCAGCCUCCCCAUAGAGGCCAACAAGUACCGCGUGGGCCUGGCCCAGUACAGCGAUGGGCUCCAGGGAGAAUUCCAGCUCAGCACCUUCAAGAGCAGGGGCCCCAUGUUGAACCACCUCAAGAAGAACUUUGUGUUCCUGGGUGGCUCCCUGCGGAUUGGGAAUGCUCUCCGGGAGGUGCACAAGACCUACUUCUCAAACGGGAGGGACAGGAAAGAGUUUCCCCCAAUCCUGGUAGUCCUGGCUUCGGCCGAGUCCGAGGAUGCCGUGGAAGAGGCCGCUGAGGUGCUGCGUAGCGACGGGGUGAGGGUCAUCUCCGUGGGGAUGCAGGGGGCAUCCGAGGAGACCUUGAAGUCCAUGGCCACAGGCCAGUUCCACUACAGCCUCCGGACAGUCCGAGACCUCAGCACGUUCUCCCAAAACAUGACACAGAUUCUCAAGGAUGCGGCUCAGUACAGGGAGGUAGCAGCCCACUCUGAUACAGUAGUCCCCUUCCCCAGGUCCUGUCAGAAGGAUUCGCUUGCUGACAUCAUGUUCCUGGUGGAUGAGUCCACUGAGAGCAGGGAGAAUCUAAUGAACAUGCAGAACUUCCUGAAGAAUGUCACCUCCUCCAUGGAUGUGAAUGACAACUGCCUGCGGCUUGGACUUGUGAGUUACAGUGACAAGGUUGAGACUUUUUCUCUUCUGAACUCAAGCACAACCCAACCUGAAUUUCAGAAGCAAAUCCAGAAGCUUUCUCUGAGGGCUGGGAAAUCCAAUGCUGGGGCUGCCAUUGAGAAGAUGAGGAGACAAGGCUUCUCAGCAUCAAGUGGCAGCAGAAGGGCACAGGGAGUGCCCCAGAUCGCAGUCCUGGUCACUGACAAACCAUCAGACGACAAGGUGCGUGAGGCUGCACUGAAUCUCCGGCUGGAGGAUGUAACUGUCUUUGCCAUGGGCAUCCAAGGGGCCAACAGGACCCAGUUAGAAGAAAUAGUGUCUUACCCUCCGGGACAGACCAUCUCCAUGCUGAAGUCCUAUGCAGACUUGGAAAGUUACAGUCAGAAGUUCUUGAAAAAGCUCCAGAAUGAAAUAUGGUCCCAAAUUUCAACUCAUGCUGAACAAAAGGAGCUCGAUAAAACUGGCUGUGUGGAUACAAAAGAGGCUGAUCUCUAUUUCCUCAUUGACGGCUCAAGCAGCAUUCAGUAUAGAGACUUUGAGCAAAUCAAGGAAUUUAUGUUGGCGGUGAUAGAGAUGUUCAGCAUUGGUCCAGACAAAGUUCGAGUUGGAGCUGUGCAGUAUUCUGACAAAAAGGAAAAGGAAUUUGAUAUCAAUGACUAUUCUAAUGAUGUGACAUUAGGAAAGGCUAUUUCUAACAUCAAGCAAAUUGGAGGCGACACUUUUACUGGGGCAGCACUGGAUUUCAUGCUGCCUCUAAUAAAGAAGGGAAGGAUGGAGAGGAAAAAUGAGGUACUCUGUUACCUCAUUGUGUUAACCGACGGGAUGUCCAUGGAUGGUGUCCUGGAACCUGCUGAGAGACUAAGGGCUGAACACGUCACCAUCCAUGCGGUCGGCAUUGGGCAGGCUAACAGAACACAACUACAACAAAUUGCCGGGAACGAGGAAAGGGUUAGCUUUGGGCAGAACUUUGAUUCUUUAAAAAACAUCAAAAAUGAAGUUGUUCACAGGAUCUGCACUGAGAAAGGAUGUGAGGACAUGAAGUCUGACAUCAUGUUUCUGGUGGACGGUUCUGGCAGUAUAGGACCUGAAAACUUUGGGAAAAUGAAAACCUUCAUGAAAAACCUGUUAGCUAAGAUUCAGAUUGGUCCAGACAAAACCCGAAUUGGUGUUGUUCAAUUCAGUGGUUAUAAUAGGGAAGAAUUCCAGCUUGAUAAAUACUUUACACAAAAAGAAAUUUCUGAUGCAAUAGACAGAAUGUCUCCCAUCGACCAAAACACUUUGACUGGAAGUGCACUAACCUUUGUGGAUCCAUACUUCACGGAGCCCAAGGGGGGCCGUUCAAACGUCAAAAAUUUUCUCAUCCUCAUCACCGAUGGAGAAGCCCAAGAUGAUGUGAGAGGCCCCUCGAAAGCUCUUCGGGACAAAGGUGUGGUCAUCUUCUCUGUGGGCGUGUACGGAGCCAAUAGGACUCAGCUGGAGGAGAUCAGUGGGGAAGGCAGCCUGGUCUUCCAAGUUGAGAACUUCGAUGAUCUAAAGGCAAUAGAGAGUAAACUUGUCUUCCGCAUCUGUGCUCUUCAUGAUUGUAAAAGGAUUAGACAGUUAGACAUUGUGUUUGUGCUGGACCAUUCAGGCAGCAUCCAGCCCCAAGAUGAAGAAAGCAUGAUCAACCUCACUAUCCACUUGGUGAAGAAAUCGGAGGUCGGCCGGGACAGAGUUCAGUUCGGAGCGCUCAGGUACUCGGAUCAGCCUGAGGUUCUCUUCUACCUCAAUACGUACUCCAACAGAUCAGCUAUCGUUGAGCAUCUGAGGAGGCGCAGGGGCACGGGGGGCGGUACCUACACCGCCAAGGCUCUGGAGCGUGCAAACAGCCUGUUCACGGAGGAACACGGCAGCCGUAUCAAGCAAAACGUGAAGCAGAUGCUGGUAAUUAUCACAGAUGGGGUAUCCCACGACCGAGAUCAGCUCAGUGACGCGGCUUCGAAAUUAAGAGCCAAAGGCAUCAUCAUCUACGCAGUGGGUGUAGGAGGUGCCGACCAACAAGAACUGGAGACUAUGGCGGGGGACAAAAACUAUACUAUCCACGUCAGUAAUUUCGACAAACUGAAAGAUAUUUACCUGCCUCUUCAAGAUGCUGUGUGCACCAGCGCACAAGCAGUCUGUAACAUUCAAGAAGCUGAUGUGAUUUUCUUUUGUGAUGGCUCUGACAUGGUAUCUAAUUCAGACUUUGUUAUCAUGACAACUUUCUUGUCAGACUUAAUUGAUGAUUUUGACAUUCAGUCUCAAAAGAUGAAAGUUGGGGUGGCACAAUUUGGGAGCCGCUACCAAGAAAUUAUUGAGUUGCAAAACUCUCUGACUAAAACCCAGUGGAAGUCUCGAAUGCAAAAUAUUACCAAGAGCAGUGGGGUCCCGCGAAUGGACUUGGCCCUGAAACAAGUGAGCGUUAUGUUUGAGCAAACCGCUGGUGGGAGAAGGAACGCUGGCGUCCCGCAAACUUUGGUGGUUAUCACAUCUGAGGGUCCCCGCUAUGAUGUGACAAAGGCAGUGGAGGCCCUGAGAGAAGAUGGCAUUUGUAUUCUGGCUUUGGGCAUAGGAGAUAUUUAUAAGGAACAGCUCCUGUCGAUAACGGGCAAUUCUGAAAAGAUCAUCACCUUUCGAGACUUUGGAAAAUUAAAGAGUGUGGAUGUGAAAAAAAGAAUGGUCCGUGAAAUCUGCCAGAGUUGCGGGAAAUCCAACUGCUUUCUGGACAUAGUGGUCGGCUUCGACAUUUCCACUCACCUGCUGGGGCAGCCGUUGUUCCAUGGCCACCCCCGGCUGGAAUCAUACCUCCCAGGCAUCUUAAAAGACAUCACCUCCAUCAGGGGUGUGAGCUGUGGGGCAGGUGCAGAGAUGCAGGUGAGCGUGGCCUUUCAGGUGAACAGUGAGAAGAGUUUCCCCGCCAAGUUCCAAAUCUACCAGGAAAAAAUAUUUGACAGCCUACUGCAAGUCACCGUCAAAGGGCCCACUCGCCUGAAUGCAGACUUCCUGCAGUCCAUGUGGGACACGUUUAAGGAAGCGUCUGCAUCCCGAGGACAGGUGUUACUCAUCUUUUCAGAUGGUCUUGGGGGUGAAAGCAAAAUGAUGCUUGAAGAUAAAUCGGACAGUCUCAGAGAAGCAGGACUUGAUGCUUUGCUGGUGGUGUCCCUAAACGCAACCGCUCAUGAUGAGUUUUCCAGCUUUGAAUUUGGAAAAGGAUUUGAUUACCGGACUCCCCUGACCAUUGGGAUGAGAGAACUGGGCAAUAGGCUAUCACAGUAUCUGGGAAACAUCGCAGAGAGGACUUGCUGCUGUACGUUUUGCAAGUGUCCAGAGAUUCCAGGACCUCAAGGGAUCCGAGGACCACAAGCUAUGAAGGGUCUUGCAGGUCUGAAAGGCAGCAGAGGACACAGGGGAGAGGAGGGAGACCCUGGAAGACGAGGAGAAAUUGGACCCCAAGGAAACAGAGGGAUUGCAGGAUGUCCAGGACAGCGGGGUCAAAAGGGACUCAAAGGAUUUUCUGGAUAUGAGGGAGAACAUGGAGAUGACGGGAUUGAUGGACUCAAUGGGGAAGAGGGCUUUCAUGGACUUCCUGGGGAAAAGGGAGAAAAGGGUUAUCCAGGAUCCCAGGGCAGCCCAGGUUCCAGAGGCCUCCCUGGGGGAUAUGGGGAGAAAGGCUUCCGAGGGGAUCCCGGUAAUCCAGGACAAAGCACUAACAUCAAAGGACAAAAGGGCUCCAAAGGAGAACAAGGAAGACAAGGUAGAACCGGCCAGAAAGGAGCGCAAGGCAGUCCUAGUUCCAGAGGGAGCAGGGGGAGAGAAGGCCAGAGGGGGGUCCAGGGUGCCACGGGGGAACCGGGGAACCCUGGACCUAAAGGUGCAUCAGGAACCGAAGGAUUACAAGGCGCACAGGGGUUAAACGGACUUCCUGGUGGGAAAGGAGAGAAGGGAAGCAUGGGGCACAAAGGACCUCAGGGUGCUCCUGGGCCAGUGGGAGAUAAAGGGAGUGUUGGAAGGCCUGGACUUUUGGGGAAAAAGGGAGAACCUGGAAUUCCUGGAGAUCCAGGGCCACUGGGGCAAGCUGGACAGCGAGGAAAGCAGGGUGAUUACGGCAUCCCAGGAUAUGGUACUAUGGGGCGAAAAGGAGUAAAGGGCCCAAGAGGAUUCCCUGGAGAUAUGGGCCAAAAGGGUGUUGUUGGUGAUCCUGGAAUUCCUGGGGGGCCUGGACCCAAAGGAUUUAGGGGAUUAACACUCACUGUAGGCUUGAAAGGUGAAGAAGGCUCUCAAGGACUUCCAGGCCCUCCUGGACGGACAGGCCCUAAAGGCAUGGCAGGGCAGCCUGUAUACGCUCAGUGUGAUCUAAUCCAGUUCACACGGGAUCAUAGUCCUUGUUGGAAAGAAGAGUGUCCAGUGUACCCAACAAAGGUAGUAUUUGCCUUGGACCAGUCCUACGAUACCACAGAGCAGAGAUUUAAUGAAACGAGGGACAUCAUCACUUCUAUUGUCAAUGACCUUCACAUCAGGGAAAGUAAUUGCCCUGUGGGAGCAAGAGUUGUCGUGGUUUCCUACGACUCAGGCAUCAGCUACCUCAUCCGUGGGUCCGACUACCAUAGCAAGAAGCAACUCCUUCAGCUUCUCUCCCAAAUUAAAUAUCACAGCUCCGGGGAAGCCAGAGACAUUGGUAACGCGAUGAGGUUUGUGGCUCGGAACAUUUUCAAGCGGAUGUUAGCGGGAGCCAAUGUGCAGAGAGUUGCUGUGUUUUUUAGCAACGGACAAUCUACCAGUAGGUCACCCAUCAUCAGGGCCACCAUGGAGUUUAGUGCCCUGGAUAUCAGCCCUGCAGUCUUUGCUUUUAAUGAAAGGGAUUUCCUUGAUGAAGCUUUUGCGUUUGACAACACGGGAACAUUUCAGGUGCUUCCUUUCCCUCUAAAUGGGGAAUAUGAACCAUUGGAAAGACUUCGGCGCUGUACCCUUUGCUAUGAUAAAUGUUUUCCAAAUGCUUGCAAGAAAGAGAUUUUCUUACCUGAAAAUCCAUACAUGGAUGUUGCCGUCCUCUUAGACAAUUCUAGGAAUGUAGCAAGUGAUGAGUUUAAGAACAUGAAAGCCCUGGUGAGCUCAAUGCUUGACAACUUUGACAUUGCCUCGGACCCUGUAAUCUCAGACUCUGGUGAUAGGAUUGCUUUGUUGAGCUAUUCUCCUUGCGAUAAGAGAAAGAAGGAUGUGGUAAAAACAGAGUUUGAGUUUACAACUUACAACAGUCGAGCUCUAAUGAAGAGACACAUUCAGACUGACCUCCAACAGCUAAAUGGAGGAGCCACCAUUGGCCACACCCUACUGUGGACCUUGGAGAAUCUCUUCCCAGGAACACCCAACCUGAGAAAGCACAAGGUCAUCUUUGUGGUCUCCGCUGGAGAAAAUCAUGAGAGAAAGGAAUUCUUAAAGAAGAUGGCUCUGAGGGCCAAGUGCGAAGGCUAUGUCUUAUUUGUGAUUUCUCUGGGCUCUACAAAUGAGGACGUGGAGGAGAUGGCCAGCCACCCACUAGAUCACCAUCUGAUACAGCUUGGGAGAAUUCAUAAACCAAAUCUGGAUUAUGUUGUGAAGUUUUUAAAGCCAUUCGUGUACUCAGUUAGACGAGAAUUCAAUCAGUACCCACCACCAAUGCUUGAGAACGACUGCAGACUCAUCAAUUCAGAAGAAGAAAAUAAUCAAAGAAUCAAUCUCCUAUUUACUUCUGAGACACAUGAGAUUUCUUCAGGAGAGACCAGCUUCAUUGGCCAGGAAUUGAGUGCUGAAAGAGAUUCAUCUUUUGUUUUGGAAGACAAUGGAAGUGACCGUUUGGUUUACAUUCCGAGUCAAAUGUUUAUGCCUCAGAAAUUAAUGACUAAAUAUCAAAAAGAUCAGCAUUCUGAAGAAAUUGCAAGUCUCAUUUCUGGACAUGAAAACCAUGGCAGAAAAGAAGAACCAGGUCUUACUUAUGAACCUAGAGAUGCCUCUCUUCAAGAAUAUUACAUGGAUGUGGCUUUUCUCAUAGAUGCUUCCCAAAGAGUAGCAAGUGAGGAGUUUAAGGAAGUGAAAGCUUUUAUAACUUCAGUGCUCGAUUACUUUCACCUGGCCCCAGAUCCACUGAUCUCUGCUUUGGGAGACAGAGUGGCAGUCCUGACCUACUCUCCUCCAGGCUAUAUGCCCCACACGGAAGAAUGCCCCACCUACCUAGAAUUUGAUCUGGUUACUUAUAACAGUAUACACCAAAUGAAACGUCAUCUCCAAGAUACUCUUCAGCAGCUCAAUGGAGAUGUUUUUAUUGGCCAUGCCCUACAGUGGACAAUUGACAAUGUCUUUGUAGGAACCCCCAACCUGAGGAAAAACAAAGUUAUCUUCGUUAUAUCUGCUGGUGAAACCAACCCUUUAGACAGGGAAGUCUUAAGAAAUGUAUCUCUGAGAGCCAAGUGUCAGGGCUACUCCAUAUUUGUGUUUUCCUUUGGUCCUCUACACAAUGACAAGGAAUUAGAGGAAUUAGCCAGCCACCCACUGGAUCAUCACUUAGUCCAGCUUGGCCGAACCCACAAGCCAGAUUUGAACUAUAUCGUCAAAUUUGUCAAGCCAUUUGUUCAUUCAAUCAGACGUUCCAUCAACAAAUAUCCCCCUGCAGAUAUGAGACCCAAAUGUGUUAACAUCACCUCUCCCAACCCAGAGAAUGAUGGCACAGAAAACACUGUAUUGUGAGUGGACAAACUCACAGUUUGAAUAAUACUACCACUGGAAACAAUCCUUGAGUAAAUAAUUUGAAAUA